UUUUCCACAGUUUAGUUGGCUAUCGCAUUUCGUCUCACAAACACUCGGGACCCUCUAGCGCAAUGAUGGCUGCACACCCACUCAUCCCGUUAUUAAUCGCAGCAACUCUAAUCGCCGUAUCCAACUCCAACGACGACCUCAUCACCGUCUUCCCUUUACAAAUAAGAAGCGAGCGUGACCUGCCAUACUGCGCAACUGCAAACACUGUGUGCAGCAUCCUUCAAAAAAGAUACUGGCUCCCAGCCAUACUCAAUCGCUAUUGCCGCUGCCCCGAGGGAGCUGACUGCCCGACUGACUGGACAGGAUCGGAUGACGUAGCCACUAACGUGACAUCGCUCGUGCGUGUCAUUAAAGGACCUAAAUAUUCGCUACCACUCACAAAUCGGGCACAAAUGAAAUUUUGCUCGUCGAUGAAGUCGAUUGAAACUUGCGCAAUUAAUCAAUCUGCAGUCAACGUCAGAAUGAACGGCUCGCUCCAAACGGAUCACAUACAGUUUCCAAGUACACGCGUCUUAUGCAAGUGCCCUAGCAAUCACACGUGGCAACAAAGUCCUGUAGCUGGUGAUUCAACCAGUAGCCAAACAUCGUCCUAUACUUGCAAGCCCUUGAAACGAUGCCGAAGCCGGUCUAACUGUGGAGCUAUCACUGCCGAUACGUUUUCAGUCUAUCCAUACUGUCUGUGUCGAAGAGGUAGCGUGUGCACAAUUGAAAAUCGAAUGUUAACGCAUGUUGAGGAGCUACACUACUCUGGGCCGGCCUAUCUUGGUGUUUGCAAACCCUGACGACAUUUGAAAAAAAAAAAUCAGUAAACUAUGAUCAUACCUGCGAAUAAAGAAGUGCCAAAUUAA